AUGGGAUUCUCUUGUCUGGCCACGCAUUGCCGAAGCGUUUGCGAGCGCAUACCCAAGCUUAUAAACCUCUGGGGCACUGUCGCACAGUUCGCAGCGGCGUUCCUCGGUCUUGCCGUGGCGACGCGACAGCGACUCAACAGGUCAAACGCUGUGUUUCGCCUUUGUGCCACCGCAAAGCCUUGCACUGAGGCCGGCACAGCUACGAUAGACUCUCCGACGCCUGUGACACGACGGGCAGCGCUAGCAAACGCUGUUGAUCGCAUCUACACCGACGCCGGUCGACAGGCAUUGUCGAGUAGACUUUACCGCAACUAG